AUGGACGGUGCUCCUGAUAGGAGCGGCAAUAUUGACAUUCGCGUCGAAGACAACAAUGGCGGCCACGAUCUCGUCGGCGGCGACAACGGCAACCAACAUGAAGCUGCGCGCGCAGCGCCUGUGCAGUUCUACCAACCGGACGAGGAUGUGGUUGCCAUGGUAAACGCUCUAGCCGCCUCCCCCGAGAUCGCCGCUGAAGUCAUCCACUCCCUGGGGAGCAAUGGCCUGACUUCCCCGCAGCUGGUCGGCUCGUUGUCCUCGACUUCCGUGACAAGGGUAACUAAUCAUCUUUCCAUCGCCGCGGCCGCCACACUUGAGUCCUUGGCUGAGGAACUAGGCGCCAUAAUCCGCAAGAGGCGUAAACUUCAUGCCGAAUCCGACGCUAUCACCCAAAGGUCGACGGUGCAAGUUGAGGCUAUAAUCAACCAUUCGAUCAAGAACUACCACUCUCCCGUCCCACCAAGCCUCUUCUACGGAAUCUCUUCCUCGGUCAUCACCGCCGUCAGCAAUACGAAGAAUGGCUGCUAUGUACCAUUCAAGGAUAUCAUGGAGAAGCCGGAGUUGCCUAGUGAGGGUCUGCCCGACUUCAAGCAGAAAAGACAGUCUUAUGGCGGUCUCUCUACGAGCCCGGUGAUGAAAGUUAAGUAUCCGAAUUCUAGUACGGAAUGGUCCUUAUGUUUGCUACGGUUCGUUCUACUCGUUGCUGGUACAGUAGACCCGAAGGUUCUCUCUCCGGUCGACAUCCUAGCCUACAGCGCACGUAUCCUAACCCUGGCGAGGUCUAUGCCUUUGGUGACCAUUCUCGUCUACGACGACCGCUAUCGUCGCGGGGUGGCAGCUGUCAUGGCUGCCAAUGCCCAAUUCUCAUUGCACCAGUGCUUUCUGACCGGCACCAAUCCGGCACUACUCGCCGAAGUCGUCAGUUCUUCACUGCGUUCCGCCAACCACAUGAGAGCUCCUGCCGCGAUUGGCAGUAGAGGUCGUAGUAGAGGCUCUACUGCGAGUCGCGGCGACUCGCAGCGGCGCAAGGCCUGUAGGAACUUCGCAGGAGGUACAUGUACGUGGGGUGAUAGGUGCAGGUACGCACACGAUCUAUCGGUUAAGCCCAACUCGAGCUCAACGGAGCAUCCCCAGGCCGACUCGGCACGUAGCCGAAAGCGCCCCACCAAGCAGGCAGACAAGCCAAGUUCCUAA